CUAAGAGGCCGCUAGAGCCCCCGGUCGGCCCAAGGCUCAGUGGAGCCUUUCGAUCACCUCAUAGGGGGUUCUCAUUGGCUGUGAAAUUGCGCCUGGCACUUCCGCUCUCUGAUCCCGUCGCCGUGCCACUCAGUAUUAUCUCACCUUAGCAUUCACUCGACUGAUAAUACAGUGGGAAAGACACCUUAUAUCGAGGAGCGGUGGGACGAUCCUGGGCUUUCCCUCCUCGCUUUUUGCACCCAUCCACCGAACGAGAGGUCUGGAUCCUCGCGACCGAACGACGACCCUGACUCUCACGACUGCGAUCAACGUGAAAGCAGCGAUGGAAGACGCUACAACCACUGCAGCUCCUGCGCCAGCUGCUAGCGGCGACCGCGCGUCCACCGAAGCUCAGAAAGAAUCACUACAAAAUCAGAACGAUGCAUCUCGGACUGCGCAAGAUGCCCCGAAACCCAAAAGCGAGCAGAAGCCGCCGCCGCAGCGCAGGCAAGUUGCGCCGCGCGACAGGUUCAACCAGCAGUCAUUGGGACCCUAUCUCAAUAGCAAUGUGAAACAGGCGCGAGUUCUCAUGGUUGGCGCCGGCGGCAUUGGUUGCGAACUGCUCAAGAAUCUCGUGCUCAGCGGCUUUGGCGAGAUCCACGUCGUUGACCUCGACACGAUUGACCUCUCGAAUCUCAACAGGCAGUUCCUGUUUCGACACGAGCACAUCAAGAAGUCAAAGGCCCUGGUAGCCAAGGAUGCGGCGCGAAAAUUCAACCCGAACGUCAACAUCGUUGCGCACCAUGCCAACAUCAAAGACACCCAAUUCAACGUCUCGUGGUUUCGGGAUUUCCGAGUGGUCUUCAACGCGCUGGACAACCUCGAGGCGCGUCGGCACGUGAACAAAAUGUGCUUGGCAGCGGACGUUCCGCUGAUUGAGAGCGGCACAACUGGCUUUAAUGGCCAAGUCCAAGUUAUCAAGAAGGGCAUCACCGCAUGCUACGAUUGCAGUCCGAAGGAGGUCCCGAAAUCCUUCCCUAUCUGCACUAUCAGGAGUACGCCCAGCCAGCCGAUUCACUGCAUUGUAUGGGCCAAGAAUUACCUCUUAAAUGAGAUAUUCGGCACUAGCGAGGAAGAGGGGGCAUUUGAUCAUUCAGAGGAUGCUGAUAAUGUGAAGGAGAUUGAGGAGUUGAAGCGAGAGUCCGAGGCGCUGAAGAAGAUUCGUGCCGCUGUCGGCACGGCAGAUUUUCCACAGAUGCUGUUCGACAAGGUCUUCAACGCCGACAUUGAGCGACUACGCAGUGUGGAGGACAUGUGGAAGACUCGGAGAGCCCCUGAGCCGCUUGCAUACGACACCCUUCUGGCUCAAUCGAGUGACGCCGUAGGCAAGAAAGACCUCAUUCUCGCCGAUGACCAACGGACAUGGUCCAUUGAAGAGAACCUCGUGGUCUUCAACGACAGCUUGGAUCGCUUGAGCAAACGCUUGCUCGCCAUGAAGAAGGUCAAAACACCAGACGGCCCUGACCCGGUGAUCACAUUUGACAAAGAUGAUCCGGAUACGUUGGACUUUGUGACCACGACCUCCAACAUCCGCUCAACAAUCUUUGGUAUUGACAAGGAGUCCCGGUUUGACGUGAAGAAGAUGGCGGGAAAUAUUAUACCAGCAAUUGCGACCACGAACGCCAUUGUAGCUGGCCUCUGUGUCUUGCAAUCUUUCAAAGUCCUCAAAGGAGAAUAUGGGCAAGCAAAAGAAGUUUUCCUGACGCCCUUUGCUUAUGGCCGUCUUCUGGCACCUGAUCGGUCGCGGGAGCCCAACCCAGCCUGUCCGGUCUGCGGUGUAUUCAAUGCUACAAUUGUGGUGGAUCCGUCGAGAACAACCCUUGCAGAUGUUGUGGAAGGGUUCUUGAGGAAACAUCUCGGGUUCGGCGAAAAGGAAUUCGUCUUGAAUAACGAUGUCGGUGUCCUGUAUGACCCUGACGAAGUGGACAACCUCCCGAAAAAGCUGGAGGAGCUCAAGAUCAAAGACGGCAGCUUCCUCACGGUGAUUGACGAGGACGACAAAGACACAUUGGUCAAUGUCGUGAUCAAUGUCGAAGAAGGCAAAUUCAGCGACGACGAACCAGCAUUCAGAUCUCCCACGAGCGAGCGGCCCAAGAUUCCCAAGAAACCGCAAAAGCCAUCAGCUUCGGAACCGAACGGCCACACCACCGGCGGUGCUGACCCUGAAGUCAGCGUCGAUAUGACCGUUGGGUCGGGGCUAAAGCGCUCACAUCCGGACGGGGACGACAGUGAGCAGCAACCAAAGAAAGCCAAGCGGACAGGGUCCACGGACGAUGAAGUCGUGACCGUCGAGGACGCUGGCGGCUCCAUUGUCAUAGAGGAUUGAGGUUCUCAUGCCGCACUCAGCCCGCCAUCCAAGUUCAGGAUGCAGUUGUUUGCGUAGGAGUUUGCCGCCAAGAAGACAGCAGCAUCAGCCACCUCCUCCGGAGCCGCCACACGCCGGGCCGGUAUCCUCUUGAGAUACUGUUCCUUCAGGUCGGGCUUCAGAUCUACGGUUGUUGUGAUGUAAUAUUAGCCACCAUGUACAGGUUUAUACCGGCUUCUGGUUUUCCAUUUUACGAGAGAUGCGCGGCGAACCAGGGGAUCGAUGAUUUGAAUUCGGAUGACCAGGGAAAGGAGAAAAAGGCGUACAUACUAUUCCACAUUGGACUUUCUACCCAGCCUGGCAAGAGGGCAUUUACGCGAACUGAUCGCGGGGCGAGUUCUAGAGACAGGGCGCUAGUGAGCCCUGAUACAGAGUCAGCACAGAUGCCAGCAAGCAAGCAGCAGAUGCAUUUAGCAAUACAAUGGCUUGUUCACGUA